AUGCUGCAUCUUAAAGUCCAAUUUCUGGAUGACUCCCAGAAGAUCUUUGUCGUCGAUCAAAAAUCAUCUGGUAGAACUUUGUUCAACCUGAGCUGCAGCCACUUGAACCUCACAGAAAAGGAAUAUUUUGGAUUGGAGUUUUGGAGCUCUGCAGGGCAUACUGCCUGGCUGGAACUUCUCAAGCCCAUCACAAAGCAGAUAAAAAAUCCUAAGGAGAUUCUUUUCAAAUUUAUGGUGAAAUUUUUCCCAGUGGAUCCGGGUCAUCUGAGAGAAGAGCUGACGAGGUACCUGUUCACACUCCAAAUCAAGAAGGACCUGGCGUGCGGAAGACUUCCUUGCAGCGACAACAGCUCUACUCUGAUAGUGUCACACCUUUUGCAGGCUGCACUGGGGGAUUUCCACGAAGAAACAGAUCGGAAGCACCUGGAAAUGCACAAAUACCUGCAGAACCAAGAUAAUUUGGCCAACAAGAUCAUGCAUUACCACAAGAAACAUGUAGGCAAAACUCCCGCUGAAUCCGACGCACACCUCCUGGACAUAGCCAGAAAGCUGGACAUGUAUGGGAUCAGGCCCCACCCUGCCAGCGACGGGGAAGGGACCCAGAUCACCUUGGCCGUCACGCACAUGGGCGUCCUGGUUCUGCGGGGGAAUACCAAGAUUAACACCUUCAACUGGUCCAAAAUCCGCAAGCUGAGUUUCAAACGGAAGCAUUUCCUGAUCAAACUUCAUGCCAACGUUUCUGCUUUGUGCAAAGAUACACUCGAGUUCACCAUGGCAAGCCGAGACGCCUGCAAGGCUUUCUGGAAGACGUGCGUGGAAUACCACGCCUUCUUCCGGCUGUCCGAGGAGCCAAAGUCGAAGCCCAAAGCCCUCCUCUGCAGCAAGGGCUCCAGCUUCCGCUACAGCGGAAGAACCCAGAGGCAGCUGCUGGAGCACGGGGCGAAGGGGAAGCUGAAGAGCCUGCCCUUUGAGAGGAAACGCUACCCCUCGCGGUACCAUGACAGGCAGUGCCGGUCAUCCCCCGACCUUCUCACUGAUGUUUCCAAGCAAAUGGAAGACCUGCGCCUGGUGUAUGGCACGAUGGGGGGCUACCACGGUGCCAACGGAAUCCACACCUCUGAGCCCUCGCUGGACAGCCGGCGGAGGAACUCCGCGGUGGAAGUGAUCUUCGCCGAUGAGCUGGAGCGCUCCAAGCCGGAAGCCGAUCCCACCCUGCUGCCCCAUUCCCAAAGCAGCUCCGUCUUCCCGCUGGUCUACGCAGAGAUGGAGCGAGACUGGGAGCCCGCGGACGUCUACGGGCAGAGGGUCCCUCUUACCUCCUUCCAGCCCAGCUACAAGCUCGCCGGGAGCAGCAAAAGCACGUCUGUUGGCAGCGUGCCAGAGGCACUGCCGCUGCGGCCGCUGGCUUACACAGAGGUGCCCUGCAGAGCCACUGCCUACCCCUUGGACACUGUCUCUCCCCAGGUCUUCUUCUACGUAGACAAGCCCCCGCAGUUUCCAAAGUAUGGCACCGCAGGCCUGGAGGAGGAAGCCGCUGGAGGCAGGAGCCUGGGCAUGGCCCCCGCGAAGCCUCAGCGGAGAAGCCCGGGUGUGCCGAGAGUGAGAGCGGCCGAGCCGGAGCCCCUGCCGAGGACGAACUAUCUCAGCAGCGCCAGCAUGGAGCAGGAGGACGGCAGCGGGGCCUUCACCUGCGGUGCCCAGGAGCAGGUGCCCAAGAGGUCCUGGAGCCAGUCGGACAUGAAGGCCAUCCGGUUCCCCUGUGGCUCAGAGUUCCGGCCGCUCGGACCGUGCCCUGUCCUGAGCAGCAGGAAGGCGGACAUUCUGCAAUUCGUGCUGACCCAGCAGGGCUUUCCGGAGCCUCCCAGAGCCCGGCGAGCUGCCGAACGCUUUGGCGGCAGUGGGACAGAGUCCAGCGACUCGGAUUCGGACCUCUUGCCGGACUACUACUCUCUCUAUGGGAGAGCUGUCAAGGCACCCCGGGCAAGAGUCCGGCUGUCUUCCGGGAGCCUCCAACUGGAGGGAGAGGAUGACGAGGUUUGCUUGGCUACCGCCAACAUGGAUGAGCGAACGUCACAGAGAGGGUCCCAUUAUUUCACUUAA